AAAUUCCCCUUCAACUUGACCUUGCAAACAGGCAUGGACGGACGGACGGACACACACACACACACACACACACACACACACACACACACACACACACACACACAGAUGGGAGUCCCUGGAAACGAGGCAUGAAUAGUCCUGCAACGAGACGAAGAUAUCCUGCAGCGAUGGGUAGAGGAUCCUGACCCCAGCGGUGGUUCCAAAGGGGUCCUGGGGUGGAGGUCAUAUGAGGGGGGUACCAUGGGGUAUCCUUUGGUAUCCUGAGGACGUACUGCAUUAUCCUGUCUGUCCUGGAAUGCAGUGGUGCCCGUGUGAGGUGCGGCGGCGGUGGGCUCGGCAGUGAAAGUGUGGGGGGUGUCGCGCUGAGGAAGGCUUGAAGUCCCUCCCAGUCAGUGUCGAGAGGGCGUGGUGGAAGGACGUGUUGCCUCUCGCUCCCCCGGCACUCGGUCAGUCAAACCAGACACGCGCGCCGCUCGCAGUAGCUUCUAACCUUACGCAGGAGCCGCCGAGCUUGAGUUCAUUGCCCCAGCGACUCUUCAGGAGCGCUUCGAGUACCUUCAAGAGUCCCUGCAUCUUGAGGUUCCCCGAAGACAACCCACAAGUACCUCGUCCAAGCGAUUCCUGCUUAGCGACAACAGUUUGCGUUCAUCCCGGAAGCUGAGCGACAUCUUGGCUCUCUUCGGGAUAGCAUCGAACUCUUCCUCCUUCUUCAGACGGUUCCUCGUGCCCCCAAGCCUAGUGCGGGGGUCAAGGGCCUUCAAGAGGGGUCUGGAAAGCCUCUCCGGCCAAGACUUCAGUGUAGGACGUCAGCGUAGGAUGUUCUAAGUGCCUGCAGCAGCCAUGGGAAGAAAGACAAUGCUAUCCCACCACCUUCAGUGCCUCCUGCCGGUCUUGCUGUGCUUCGGCCUGCCAGUCGCAAGAGGCAGCCAUGUCGUUGAAUAUCCCAAACUAAACACCUUUACUGUUGGCGGAGACUAUAGCGAUCCGUUCAGCAAGGCGAUCGCCGCAAGCAAGGCUCAGCUGUCUCCUGUGUACACCCCUGGGGGUGAUGACGAUAACCCCGUAGCUCCCAUGGUGGUGGAGGCCACCCCGGUGGUCAUGGCCCGAGCCGUGGGCAGCUCCAGCCCCGACUCGGCCGCCCUUCGCCCCGCCCCGCGAGACGACCACUACACAAAGACGGUGUACGGCUUCCUGGACUUCACCACCACCGUGGGCGACACCGUGAUGGUGUUCACGCCGCAGAGCAAGGCUGACGAGUCCGCCGCCACCACCGCCGCCACGAAAACUCCCUCCUCGCUGUCGGGCCGGAAAGCCCCCGACGCGCCCAACGUCACGCCCAAGCCCACGCGGACCGUGACGCGCGUGACUGCCACGGCCGUGCCCUACGUCGCCCCGAAGGUGAACACCAAGGGACCCUCAGAGCUGGAGUCUUCCUUCUUCGAGCCCGCCACCACCCUGGCCCUCGAGGAGCUGUUCUCCUCCACGCCCACCGUCCCCGAGCCCCCGCCGCAGUCCAAGGCCCCGCCCACCACGCCCAAGGCCAAGACGCCGCCCAACCGCCCCUUCGCCUUCCGCCACCGUAGCAAGGACAGGGACGAGUCCACCGGGUCGCGGCGCCGCCUGGACCUGAAUUACUUCCUGGCGCGUAAGAAGGGCGACGCAGACCGGCGGACCGGCGGCUCCACGCUUGUGCCCAUCACCGUGGAGGGCACCGGCACCCUGACGGAGCGGGCCACGCGCGUCACGCCGGUGUCCCAGCCCUCCCAGGUGCCGCUGGUCACGCCCUCAGAGGUGGUGGUCAGCGCCACGCAAGGCUUCGCCUCCCUCAGCGUGAUCGGGCCCUUCAGCACGGCCAUCAACAACGAGCUGGGCCAGGUGAGCCAGCACUACGACUUCCUGUCCUCCCAGCCGCUGCUGGAGGCACGUCGCUCCUACGACGUGGUGAACGUGGACGCCGUCGACACGGCCAGCAGCUUCCCGACGGGGCUGGUGACCAAGAUGGGGGGCACCAUCGUGGCCGAAGGGCACACCACCGUGCACGAGACCAGCGUCAUCGGCACCUACAUCGACGGCCAGUACGCGCAGGUGCUGAGGAGCACCUCGCGCAUCUUCCAGACUCCGCCACUGUCGCCCGUGUACGCACCGCGCAGCAAGACGCCGUCACCCGUGUACGAGACCGUGCAGGCUGUCAUUGAGGGUUCGGCGACACAGUUCAUCACGCCGGAGGCCACCGCAUCCCUGCCCCUCGAGUCGCUCUUCACCGAACAGCCCGGCGGGACGCGCGGCAGCCGCAAAGCUCAGGGCGAGCAGUCCUUCAUCCAGGCCAGGCUGAGGUCAGCACUCUCCAAGAGGAGAGGCUCACAAGAGUUGUCAUUCCAGGGUCGCUCUCACUCUCAUGACCCGUUCGUUGACGAGGAAGAGGAACACGACCUGCAGAGAUCAGGCACUAACCUGCGUCCUUCCUUCAAGCAAUACGCACCGACUGCCACGAGGAAGACGCCGGACGUGAGGACGUCGGUGAGACGCACGCAGGAGGUGAACAGCGACCCUCUGCCCCGCACCUUCCGCCCGCGCUACAAACCUACGGCCACGCGCCGCGUCGCCGGCGGCAGACCCACAAGGCAACGAGCCUCUCCCGCUGGCCCCAAACGUGCCGGCCGUCCUGGCACCCGCCCGCGGCCAGGUGCUGCACAGCGCCCCAAGCCCACCGGUAACCGACGCCCCGCGUUCCCCCAGGACGAGUACGAGCAGCAGCAGGCGCCCCAGGAGAGCCUGGGCGAGGUAGUGUACCAACCGUCGCCCGAGGAGGCGCUCUCUCCGUCGGAAGCCGGCGAGGAGACGCUGCGCGUGGUAACCAGCACCGUGGCCAACGAGGACUCCGAGGUACUGGUGGAGGUGGCCACCGUGCGCUCCCUGCACACCUUCCGCGUCGGCAUCACGAGGAACACCCGCUACGUCACCUUCACCAAGACCUUCACGCUGGACAUCGAGCCCACGCCCGCCCCGGACCUGGACGCCCCGGACCUGGACGCCCCCGACGCGGCCGUCGACGACCACCUCUACCAGACGGAGAUGCCGCUCUUCGAAAACAUCCUCGACAACGGGGUGCGGGACGUGUCCACGCUGCCGCCCGUGGAGAUUGGAGUCAGCGACCUCGCGGCGCUGCUGGAGACGGUGACCGAGACCUACAGCACGACGGAAGUGAUGGAGAAGACGUCGGUGCUGCCGGUGCUGCAAUCCGGCAGCACCUCCUUCCACACCCUCACCCAGACCUACCACAUCGCGCGCGUGGUCACGGCUCUCAAGACCAUGCCGCCCUACGAGGCCUUCUCCUUCAUCCCCGAGAACUCCCUCAACGAGUUCAACGGACAGCUGCUGGCCGAGGGCAGCGAGAACGACGAGGCGCUGCUGCCCGGCGAGGUGGAACUUGACCCCAACGGUGAGGUGGUGGUGCGGGACCCCAGCCUGGCCCAGCUGGCCGGCGGGGAGUUCAACCCUGAUGCGCUGGAGCAGCAGCUGCACCCCGAGCUGGCGGCGGCCCUGCAACAGCGCCAGCAGCAGCAGCAGCAACAGCAGGCGCAGCCAGCCCAGCAGGCCAAUCCGCUGGGCGGCGUGCCCCAGCUGCUGCCCGGCCAGCUGGGGGCGCCAUCGGACCCCUCGGGGGCCACGCCGGGCCUCACGCCGGAGCAGAUGCAGCAGCUGGCCUACCUGCGCCUCCUCAGCCCGUACAGCUUCGGCGGAUUCCCGCCCGUGCAGGCCGCCGGCACCACCGUCACCUCUUCGCCCGUCACCAUCACCACCGACAUCACCACCACCUCGACGCGCGUCUUCCGCGUCAUCUUCAACGCGCGGCCCAUCAUGACCACCAUCAGCAGCGUGGAGGUGGUGCACACCACCCUCACCACCUACGCCACCUCCACCGUCACCGUCGCGCCCUCCCUCCCGGCCUUCCCCUUCCCCUUCCCCUCGCCUUUCCAGGUGGGCUGAGGCCCUCCCCCUUCCUCCCCCCCUCCCGAGUGCUGGUCACUCAGCUGCUCACUACAGACACUAACCCUAAACUCUCCUUGCGCCUAACAAGCAGUUCCCUCGUUAUCACACACACACACACACACACACACACACACACACACAGCUUUCAUUCAUCACCUCCAAUCCUACUGACCGUUUUGACAAAGCAUGUUACAAAGCUUCUUCCCAGAUGUAACGAACACAUUACUCAGCAAUGCAGGACGGAGGCUGAUAACACCUGUCGCGGCCUGUGCCCGCCACCACCACCCAGCUGACAGGUGAACACAACAACAGACCGCCAUUACCCUACGUCUGGCUACUGAACCUUUCCACUCACCUCCUGGUUCUUGGUCCUCCCUCGCGUCUGUCGCCUGUCCUCCAGCACGCCCCUGGGACACGCACACGCCAGCGGGAACGUCUGUGCACACGAAUAUGCAAGCUGGUACAGCCACGGCCAUGUUGAUGUUGACGUUCGGCGCCUCAACCCAGUUACGGCUCAUGUUAUCGAGAAGAAUAUCCUUUUAUAUCUAUUCAUUGUUGACAUUCCGCUUCAAUGAUGGAAUAGCUUUCGUUGUUUUAUUUAUUAUUAUGAGAACUCGUACUGAAUAAUGUUUUCUGGGCGUGAGUAAGUAAAUAUUGAGCAUGUUGAUCUAGUAGGACUCAACUUCAUAACCUCCCGGCUCGGUCUGACAGAACUUAAUGCCAGACACCCCCAUCCAGAAUUCCCAAAGUGUAUAUAUUAUUAAAGAAAACCAAUGCCUGUAAAUACCUGUACAUAUAAUAAUAGAUAGGUCACCUUCCUCACUACCUUUUGCACCUGCUAGACUAGACUCAUUACCUACCUGUGUUGAGUUAUUUAGAGACACUUUCGUACUUUUAUGUCAUCGGCUUCGUCCUCUCACCUGCGAUCUUCAACUGUUUUUGUUUCCUCCUGAUAAAGCAUAGUUAUAAUAUAUAUUUUAUACGACGAAUACUUGAGUUAUGCGUGGAUGUGUCUUUUUAUCUUCUUUUCUUUUCUCCAGAGUGAAUGUACCCCAUGUAGCUUGGUAAUCUUAAGGAAGUAUCGUAUGUAUGAAUAAAUUUGAAUACAGUUAC